AUGGGUCGUCACUGGGAUAAGUUUGAUUUCCUACCUCUGCCUGCUGGAUGCGAUGAUGGAAGGCCUACACUUUCAGAAGUCAACAGAAGCUCAGGGGCCUUUCUGAAGAGUUUCGAGGGACAUGACGUAGGUGCCCUCCGAAGUCGUUGCCGGUACAGCAAGUUUCUCCAGCUGCGGAGGUCUGCUCGAGCUCGAAGCGUGGGUCAAACUGUACCAGAGGAUUGCCAAGCUCAAAACUCAGCAAAGGAGCUGAAGAGGCUGCAUUUUUUGCAUGCCAAAGCAGAGGACAUGCUUGCAAAGCAACGCGCGAGGCAGCGGCGCGUCAACCGGGCUCAUGCCAAGGGCCUGCGUCGAAAAACGCAGCGGCCUGGCAGAGGUAAGGGCGACUGCCUAAGCCAUCUAGAUCAUGACUGCCAACCAGAGACCUCCACCGAGACCACAGCCUCUAUUUGGCCCGCUUUCGGCUGUGAAAGCACUCCUUGCUGGACUCCAGCUCCAGUGCCUCGCUGCCAGCGCUUUGCACGCUGGCACCGUGCCCUGGAGCUUGCCGAGGAAGUUGCCCGAAACUACAGAGAUCCAUUCAGGCCUUGCCCCUUCAAGACAAAGCUGGAAGAGGCGAGGCGCCAGCUGUCCUCCGAUGCCUUUGAUGCCCUGCGUGCCAAGUUUCUGCGCAGGCACGGGCGGAACCUUCUCGAGUCGCUGGCGUUGAAGGCGAAGCUGGCAAUUCGGAGUCUGUCGCCAACGCCUUUGUCCAGCGGCGUCCGCAGUGGGUUUCUGCAGACAUACUCUGAAGGCAGGGGCGGGGACUUGCUCCCGACCUUCCAUGGCACCAACGCCUCCAACCACGCCUCAAUCUUUGAGCGCGGCCUGCUGAUCCCGGACAAGGAUACAAACGGGCUCCGAGUCAUCAAUGGAUCUGCGCAUGGAUUGGGGACGUACAGCGCCUCCCUGGAGAACCCGCGUCUAGCCUUGAACUUCGUGCCGCCUGCCCAGUCAGCGCUGCUGGUGUGCGGCGUGGUGGACGACGCGGUCCCCACAAGCUGCACAGCCCCUAGGACUUACGGCUUCUGGUCAUGCACCCGAGAGUCGCAGCAUGUCCGUGUGGUUGGCGAUGCAGUGAUUGCCCUGAAACCCGACCGCAUUGCCCCGCUCUUCACCGUUCAAUACGGUGAAGCUAAGAAGACGCUGCAUGCUAAGCAGCCGCUCCCGCGCCCUGUCGCAUGGCGCGCACGGAAUGCUUCGAAUGCAUAUCUUCAUGUGCGAUGUAGCAUCAAGCUCGACCCCUGCCGUCAUCCGUGGCACAUCUUGUUGAACGGUUACGGAUGUGUUCAUGUGACCGGAGCGCAGCAACACCUUGCAAAGAUGGAGUGGACAUCGAUCAAGCACCACAGCUCGAAAUGGCUGAAGGCACAUGGCUAUUGGAAUGCCAAGGCUUUCAAGACUUUCUGA